AUGGUUAAUAGACUAAUCAGCAGCCUCCCCUUGCUGAACCUGCAGUGGCCCUUGUUCAACAAAACAACCUCUUCACCAUUCACAGAACCAUUUGCUAUACCCACAGUCACGCUUCCGGAUGACGCCGUCUUCACCGAGUUCCCCCAAGGCAGCGUCCAGAAUUUCUCGACGCCACAGUCGGAGUCUACGGGGGCAGUGGACGGGCUGCCGGAUGCGACGGAUCUGAUUGUGCGCGUCGGACUGUACGUGGUCAUAUUUGUGUUCGCCGUGGUGGGCAACGUGCUGGUGCUGGUCACUCUGGUGCAGAACAAACGCAUGCGCACGGUGACCAACGUUUUCCUCGUGAACUUGGCCGUGAGUGACCUGCUCUUGGGCGUCCUCUGCAUGCCCUUCACCCUGAUCGGAAGUCUUCUGAGGAACUUCGUGUUCGGAGAGCUCAUGUGCAAGUUCAUUCCUUACUUGCAAGCGGUGUCCGUAUCGGUGUCGGUGUGGACGCUGGUGUCCAUCUCGAUGGAGCGCUUCUUCGCCAUCGUGCGACCACUGCAGUCCCGGCGCUGGCAGACAGUGUCGCAUGCGUACCGCGUCAUCGCCGUCAUCUGGGUGCUCUCGCUCGUUCACGUGGCCCCGAUCGCUGUUCUCAGCCAGCUCAUACCAACCAGGACGGCAGGACAUCAAAAGUGUCGCGAGCUGUGGCCCAACGACGAAGCCGAGAAAGGUUUCAACCUCUACUUGGACUCGGUGCUCCUGGUGCUGCCUCUGCUCAUCAUGAUCUUUGUGUACGCCAUCAUCGUUCGCACGCUGUGCGUCGGCAUAAGACUGGAGAACCGAUCCGUCGCACUAG